CAAUCGUAUAAAAAUAAAUCAAAGAUUAAUUGAUAUAUUGCCACGUGAUAUAAUCGUCGAUAUAACAUAACGUCGGCUGCUUCUCCAUUGUGGCUUCACUGACUCUAAGUUUUGUCCAGUCAGUGACGACAAAUAGCAUCGGACUUGUGAUGUUAACGAACUGCGUUUUAUAAUUGUAAAUAAUUGUACAAAUUCUUAUGGUGAAUAUACGAUUAAUAUGUUAUUGAAGAACGUUUAAAUAUUUAUGAAAAAAAUUAAUCAUCAUGGAUUGAGAUACGUUUAAAAAAUUACACGUCUUCAAAUUUAACCUCUAUCUUAUGCGAUUAGCAAAUGUUACCGAAGAGAAAUUUAUUCGAUUGAUUGUUAUAAUUAAAGAUCGUAAUUUUAUAACGUAACAUGAAGUUUAUAUGAUAUUUAAAUAAUAUCGAUAGUGUAUAUAAAUGACAGUCUACAUUUAAUCUCCAUGGCUAAAGAAAAGAUCAGAAAUUCUGAAUCAGGCAACAAGAUAACUUCCAAAAGCGGGGAGACAUAUACUUCAGAGUUUGAAAUCAAUGAGAUACCUCCUAGUGCUAGAACAUUACUCACUAAAGGUUACACACAAGAUAAAAUUAAUUUUUUCUCUAAAGCUACGGUGUCUACUCGUGGACGUUUUAUGACAGAACAAGAAAAGUUACAUUGUCCCAAUGAACGGCCUUUAUACUUAUACAUACAAGGACAUUCAAAACAUAAUGUUGGCUUGGCCAUACAAAAAAUUAAUGAAAUUAUUAAGACAGAACAUCAAAGUUCAUUAAAUAGACGAAGUCGAUUUACUAAUGCACCUCCGCCUCUUAUGAGUUUACAUUCUGGAAUUACAUCAGUAGAAAAGAUAUGCAUCGGUAUAGAAAAUGCACCACAAGGUUUUGAUUUGCGAGGAAGAAUUAUAGGCAUUGGCGGAGCAAAUUUAUUAUAUAUAAGAGGAGAGACUGGUGCAAAUGUAACAUUAAGAGGAAGAAACUCACAAUUUAUAGAUCCUGUUUUAGGAUCUGAAUCUCCUGAGCCACUUCAUUUACAUAUAGAACAUCCAAAACCAGAAGCAUUACAAAAUGCAAAACAGUUGGCAAUUAAUUUAAUACAAACAAUGCAGUCUGAGCUGCAAACUUAUAUACAACAACAGCCACCGCCAGUGCAAUCUCAGCAGGUCAUAGAACAACCACAAAUACAACCAUCACAGUUUCAAACUAUGAAUAUUGGUACUUUAGGGCAGCCUAAUGUCGUUACAAUACAACAUCAAGAUAUAAUACAACAUCCUCAAAGUAACGUGGUAACACUACCAGCAACUAUUUUAACAGCUACGGUAGCUGGUGCACCAGGUCCUGGAGUAACAGUUCCACCUCCAGGAGUACAUAUACCACCUCAUUCAGGACCAUUAGUACCUCCUAAUCAACCUCAGGAAAUACAAACUUUUAUGCCACCACCACCUGUUGGACAAGUACAAUUAAUUGGGCCUCCAUCAAGCGUAAGUCAAGUGCAAUAUCAGAUUCAUCCUGGACAACCGCUACAAAUUCAAGGUAUCCAACCAGGGUCACAAGCAUCACCGCAGCCUGUUGCUCAAAUGUAUGUUAUGAGUCAACCACCACCACAAAGUCCAGCUCAACAGAAUUUCAUUUCGACUGCCAGUGUGCCAGUUAGUGGGGCAGUGUCAUAUGUUUAUACCCAACCCAGUGUACAAAGACCUGCAACACCUUCGCAAGGAAUGAUUGAGACUGUUAAUGUUAACUUACAACAACCACCUCCAGCAACUCCUCUAAAUAUAACUCAACAACCGCCACCACCAUUAUUACAUCUUCAUUUUCCUCCACCUAACUUCCCUCCAAACCAACCACCACCUCCUGUGCCUCAAACUUAUCAAAUACAGUAUCAGCAGGUACAGGCACCUGUCUCACAAUCACAAGCGCAGUUCGUUCUACAGCCUGGAGAACAUAUUGUGCCACCACAAAUACAACAGAAUCAUGAACAACCUCAAGCUGUAGCACAGCAUAUGAUUCCACCUCAAUUUGAGGGUCAUCCUCCACAAUUUCACUUACAAGUUCCACCACCAUCUACUCAAACUUUUUUGGUUCCUAAUGCUCAAUCUCCCCAACAUCCUCAGCAACCCCCAUUACCUCAAGGAGGUGAAAUUCAGCAUCAACAGGACGAGCAAGGUCCACUGCCGCAGCCGGUACCUCCCCCGCAAAUAGUGCCCCCUCCGUCAGUGGCACAAAUGCAAAAUUCGAUGAAUGUUCUUACUAGCGUACCUCCACCAACGCAGGCACCUCCUCCUCCACAAAAUGCUCCGUGGCUUUAUCAAGCGCAACAACCACAGCAGAUACCUCACUCUCAGGGCCAGCUACAGGUACAAAUGCCACCUGGAAAUAUGCCACUUCAUAAUGCACCCCCGCCACAAAUACAAGCGCAAAUACAAUAUCAUACUCCCCAUAUGCAAUAUCAAAAUGGGCAUAUACCGGCCCAAGUACAUUAUACAGUGCAAACACCCCAACAUCAACCGUUCGAACAAAAGCCAGAUUCGCCUGAACAACAGAAACCUCAUGGAGUGAAGAGAAGGUUUUCUGAUAUAGAAGGAAAUCAGGAACCACCACCAUAUCAAUGUGGCCCUUUACCUGCUCAACGUCAUGGCACAGGAGAAGGUGAACGUCAACAGCAAGUCUUACAUGGUCCAUCGCCAGCAGGUGCCGGCCUACCCCAUGGAGAUCGAAACAAGCUGCUAAUGCCACCUCCACAUCCAGGUGAAAAGCGUAACGUCGAUCCAAAGCACACGGGACUAAAUCCAGGUAAUGAACCGGUAUUACUCGCUGAAUCCGGAGGUAUGAAUCCUGCGAGUGGACCACCAUUACCACCACCCCCACCUCCGCAAGCACCUUGGCAAUCUCAUCAUAUCAGAGCUCCUUGGGGUAGACCUCCACCAAUGCCAAGAGAAGAACAUCAUGCGUUAUGUCCUCCCAAUUUGCCACCAACGAAUAUGCCACCACCGCAAAUAAGACCAAGAGGUCCUUUAGAAGGUAAUCGUUCUCCCAUUCAAAACACGGUGAUGGAUCAUCCGCUGAAUAUCGAGUACAAUCAAAUACCACCGCACGCUGCAAAACCACCACCUUACAAUUCGCAUCCAUUGAUGCAGUCUAUUUGCAACCCACCACCACCACCACCUCCGCAUCAACAACAGCGGCCACAGCAUCCGGCGCAAACUAUGCCGCCGCAUUAUCAAGUGCCAAUCUCUCAAGCAUAUCAGCCACCGGCGCCGUGUCCACCAUGGAUGAACUAAAGUUAUUUUAUACGAUUUUCGCGCUAUAUGCAUGUAUUAAUAACGUUGAUAUAUAAGAUCCUUUAUAAAGAUCUCUAAAAACGUCAAAUUAACGAGAAUCGUUGAAUGAAUUCAAUUUGAUAUCGAUUUGUUCCUUGAUAGGUUAUAUAUAUAUAUAUACAUAUAUAUAUACGGUUAUUGAAGUAUACUGUAAAAAAAGAAAGCAGUUAAGAUAUAUUGUUCUGUAAAAAUUUGUACAUAUUCCAGAACUUCUAUCUAAGUUAUGUAAGUUAUAAGAAACGAAUGAUAAAUUUAUUAUAAACUAUAGCGUAUAGGGAAAAUGGUGAUGUCGAACGUUCAUUCGUAUAGUUUUCAAAGCUUUAGAAAGAUUUAGUUUACAAAGAUUUAGUUUGUAAUUAAUCCAUUAAUCUUUCAAUUAUUACUUUUAAUUAUACAUCUUUUCUUUUUUUUUUUUUUUUAACGAUGACCCGCGGAUAUUAUCAGCGGACUCAAAGUUAAUCUAUUUUCUUUUUCUUGCGCGAGAAAAAUCGCAAAUCGCGUUUUCUCAUCAGUUUGUUGAAUGAUCCCACCCGUUACGGAGUAUGUAAUUUUUUAUGAAGGCACAAAUAAACAAUUAACAUUGAGAA